AUGGUACAAACCCGACAGUCUGCAAGAAUCAGAGCCCAAGGUGAAAGUUUCGGUCCUGAAGAGUCCGAAGAAGCUCAAGGAGGUGACAGUGGUAUUGCUAAAGUAUCAUCUCAGGAUCAAAAGGGAAGCUCAAAAAAUGUAGAGAAUCAAGGUGGAAGGAAGUCUUCUGAACAGAGUAAGAGUAAGAAAGAUUCAGACGUUCAUCGAGCUACUCCCGUCAGACGGUCGAGACGUUUGGCUUCUGAAGAACCUGAAGAAGUCCCAGAGGAAUUUGCACCGUUUGCUUACGUGAAGGUGGGUUCGUCAAGCGGCUUGCGUCUUGGCAGAUCAGCUUCAGAAACAGAUAAAACUAAAAGCUCAGACACGAGUAAAGGCACAGAUUUCAGACGGUCAAGAGAGUUAGCUUCUGAGAAGCUCAAAGAUAUUUCAGAAGAAACUGUAAAAUCAACUGGCUCGAUUUCUGGAUCACCAGGUAAAUCAGAAUCUGCCAAACAGUCAGUUGAGCAACCAAAGGGUAAAACUCCAAAGAGUAAACCAGGCACUCCCUUAAGGAGAUCAAAACGCUUAGCUUCCGAAAAGCCUGAAAAGUUUCAGGAAGAGUUUUUGAUAAGUGAGGAUCGGGUUCAAAGAGCAGUUACUGGGACGGAGAAAACGGUCAGUACUUCUUCAAGGUUGAGUGCAUAUUUAAAUGCUAAAAACACUGCUUCUGCUUUCGGUGUAGAGGUUAUCGAGGAAUUAGAAGAACAAGACAGCGGAGAAUUUUUGUUGAAAAGUGUCAAGUUAAAGAAGUCCAGCGGUAGUGAUGACCUCAUUCAGAAGAGAAUUGCCAUUUUCUUUGAUAACGAAGAGGCACCAGAGACUUCUGAGUCGUCUAGUUUGUUGGAUAAGAAGGAGGAGGCCAGUGUUGUGAAAGACAGCAAAAAAGAAAGAGUUAUUCUUGAGAAAAAAUCUGAUAAUAUUGGGUCGUUUGAAAGUUGUGAUGGACAUGAAUCUCAGCAUCAAAAGAAAUCUCUGGAUGACACCCUUGAAGACGAAGACGAUAAGGAAAAAAAUAAUUUUUUAUUGAAUUCUUCCCAGGAUAAGACUUCUGUUUACGGUGACGUGCAGUCAAGUGAUUCGCAAACUUGUAGCUCUGGAAAAACGAGCUCUGAAAGUAUAAAAGAAGCUUUUAAAGAAGAGCGGGGUGCGAAGAAUGCUGAAAAUGUAGUUAGCUCUGAGAAAGUAGAUGCUGCUGAACGGGAUUUGAAUUUAAAAACUUUAUUACCAGGAAGUGAUGGAGGGAUUGGUCAAAACAGAAAAAAGUUUUCAAAUGAAUUUGGGAGUCCAAAGAGCGUCGGAACUACUGAUGGGUUGACUUCUCUUAGUGUCAAAGAGGGAAGUAUCACCAGUGAAAAGUUAGAAGUGGAUAAUUUUUUGGAUUCAGGCCGUGAGAGUAAUAAAGAUAGCGGUUUACUUUUUCCGAGUAAAUGUACGGUUAGCGGCAAUGUUGAUGGCGAGACCUGUCCAGGUUUGGCAGGUAAGAAAAUUCUAACUGGAGAGAAAUCUGAGUUAUGUACAUUAGCACUUCCAGUUUUUGAUGCUUUGAUUCUGGACAGUGAGAAGUCUUUACCUAAUGGGACAAGUUUCAAAAAAGUGCCUUUUUCUUCCUUAACUAAUGGUGUUAUUUCAGCCAAAGAGAAGACAGAAAUUAACGCAGAUUCAAAAUCAAGUGGAGUUUAUGGAGAUAAUGCAGAAAAUUUUGUCGAGGAAGGAGAUAAAGUCAAGAAGGAUAAUUAUGGAAGUUGCUCAGCAAGUAAGGUUUUGGAAGAAACUUAUCCGUUUGGAAAUGUCACCACGGAUUUAGAAGACACUACUGAAAAGGGGAAUUGCGAAGAAGGAAGAGAUAUUUUUGGCACAAAGAAAGACAAAUCAAAUACGUCUGAGGUAGCUAAAGUAAGCCCGCGUCGUGAAAAUACACCUCAUACUGAUGAAGAAGAUGCAGUUGAUGAGAAGCAGAUUAGCGCAGGAACCAACGACACCGAACAUUUGGAGUGUCGAGGAGUAUUGAAUAAGCCAGACAUUACUCUGGAAAAGGGGGUAUCUUAUUUUGAAAUUGAGAUUUGA